AGAGACCGGUCUCAAGUCAGCACCGAUGCAGACUCGCUGUUUGAGGGCUUGAUAGCCCACUCCCCCUCCACACCGCUCCACACUCGUUGGUUUGGAACAGCCCUCAAUAUGGCGGACCCUCCGCGUGAACGCGCAAACGGAGGGGUAGGGUGUAGGGAGCGGUUUGGGAAUGGGCCUACCUUUUCCAAACCUGACAGUGUACGGCUUUAAUAUUAUGUAAUGUAUUAUUAAACUCCGCCCGACUGUGCAACGCCGUAGUUGAAAACGAGCACCGCGCAUUUUGAUGACGCCAUCACGAGCCACAACAAAAACAACAACAGCUGUUAGCAGCUAACUAGCUGGCCUAGUUACUGAACACCGUUAUUCUCAGAUUUUUAAAAAGUGAGAUGUGUAGUCGUUGAUUUACACUUACUAAUACGUUCGCAUACAAAGCACACUCUAUAGAAAACAGCAACAACGCGUUUUAUUGAUGUUUUAUCUCAUAUUCCUUUGUCUCUGAUCUGCUAUCGUUAGCUUCUAACAGGAUGUCUUUUGGGAGCCCGGUCCACUGAGAGGUAAAUACUCCACUGUUGUCUGGAUGACGGCAGUGUAGAUGGUGAGGGGCUGAGAGUCUAUUAUGGGAUGUUGUUUGGACAGAAGCUGAAAGGCUGGAUAUAUUUAUGGCAAAGCCAGACCACAAGACCACCCGGUGGAAAGUCUGACCUCCACCAAUGACCACCAACAUUAUAUCAUCAUCUGUCAUCAUGUCGCCACGAAAAAGAACCCUGGUCCCUGUCAGCAGCCGGAGGAAAGCACCGGACGACUACUUCCCCUUCAACUUGCUGCCGGUGGAGUGCCAGCUGCACGUCCUGUCCUUUCUGAACGAGGUGGAUAAAUGCAGCUGUGCUCUUGUCUGCCUCAGCUGGAGCUGCCUGGUCCGCUCCUGGAAGCUGUGGCGGGUGGCCGACUACUCCCGGCGCGGGGUCUUCCACAUGGGCCAGGAGGGGCUGCUGGUUUCGAACCGGGAGUUUGAGCGCUGGAAAGCCUGGGUCCACCACUACACCCACCACCUGGUGUCCCGCAGGGCCAGCCUGCUCACGCUGAAGGCCAGCUUCGACCUGGGGGACCGCUGCAACAAGUGGAGCGAGCUGCUGGGCCACCUGCUGGACCACGUGCACUGCAGAGACCUCAGCCACCUGGACCUGAACUGGACCUUCACCCUGCUGGAGCCGUUGGACCUCAGGGUGCACUCCAGCUCCAGCUCGCACCAGGACAGCAUCACCAAGAUGGACCAGGUGACCAGUUUCCAGGAGCUGCUGACCAAACUCACCCACAGCUGCCCCCGCAUCUCAAAGAUGCGUUUACACUUCGACUGGUCGGACGUGUCCAUGUCGCUGCUCACCAACUUCCAGCAGCUUCGAGUCCUCGAGCUCAAGUACUUCUGGGUCUUCAAAGGAGUGACCCCGUCGACGCUGCAGCACCUUACCAAGUCCCUGCCUAACCUGAAGUCCCUGACUCUACAGAUCCUGGUGCCGCUGAGGAACCUGGGCAUCUCGUACACUCUGGAGUCUCAGUCUCUAGAGUUCCUGGACGUGUCCCCCAGCCGAGGCUUGGUGUUCUCCUGCCUGAAGCUUCCCGCCCUGCGCGAGCUUCGAGCCAAGAAGAUUGUGCGAGGCAUCACCCUAGACCGGAGGACCCGGCUGAGGAUCCAGAGCCGCUGGCCCUGUCUGUACCACGUCCUGCGGGAGGGCACGCCCCGGCUCCAGGCCCUCAACAAUGAGAGGCUCCUCCCCACAUGGAGAGAGGAGAGAUACGGGGAGAUGUCGGCAAUCCUGGAACAGUCCUGUUACUGUGUGCAGCAUCUAGACAGCUGGCUCUGGUAGCACAUUGCAGCAGUGACCAUUAGCAAUAAACCGUUUAACCCCUUUUGAAAUAACAUGGGGUGUUUCUCAAUGUCGAGGAGGCUUGCUUGGUAGCACAUGUACCUCCGAGUGAGUUCCUUCAGAAGCGAGGCAAGAAUGGCUCUGGAGCAGCUUUCCUCGACAUUGAGAAACACCCAUGGUGUGACAUGGACAUGGUUAUGGUGGCCGAAAGGCGCAAACACUCUACAUGACGCAAAACAUUUCCAUUAGGAGAAACCAUGCUAAUAUAAAAAGACAAAUGUGCUGAAACAAAUGCAAUGAAGAAACAUUUUCACUAACUUGACAACACAUGCAGCAUUUCGAAAACAUUCCCCAAUGUGAAGAAACAUGCGCAGCGUUUACUAAAACAGCUUGAAACACGAAACUCUGCAAGAAGCUCAAAAACACAACGGAAACCAGGGGACACCAAAAAGUGACAUGUGUUGUCAGGUUGGAGAAUAUGUCUCUUCAUGUGUUUUGGAACAUUUGUGUUUUUGUAUCUGCAUCGGUUCUGAAGCUGCAUUGAGUUUGUCCUGAUGGAAGUGUCGUGGGUUGUUGUAGCGCGUUAGCACCCGUUAGCACCCGUUAGCACCUGCUGGCCACUGUACAUGGUUGCACAUAGUACACAAAAUGAUCGUCGAAAUAAUUCAGCAGUUUUUUUAUUUUUCAUUCUUUAACAGGAAGUUACAAUCGAAAACAAGUCUAAGACUUUUAUUGAGAUUGCCCAUUAUCUCCAAAAUUGUUUCAUGCUAAUUGCACUCGGGCAAGAAUUAAUAUAAUUGUAUUGGUACAAAUGACACAAUGAAUUCCGGUUCUUGAUAAUUCCUUAAUGAAUUGAACUUUUACACUGUUUUAACAAAGCUAUAUUUAACUAUGUUAAAUCAAUCCCUUCCUGGGAUUGUAGCCCAUGUUGUAUGGACAGAUGUUUCUGGUGUUUGAACUACUAUUAUUACUUGAAAAUGAGCUUUGUACAGAUAUUACAAGUGGAAGUGUUGUCAUCUUUCUUCGUGAAUUGAGGCCACACUUUGGACCCUUUCUUCCUCUCAGCCAGGACUUCUUCUUGCUGACAUUUCUAGAAGUCUAGACUCAUGCCGAAAAAUGAUAAAAUCACUUGAAAAAUCGGAGCUGAAUAAUAAUUCCGAUGGAUUGGACGAUUUUGGAUUUGGAUUCUGCUCCCUAUGCACUGUGUUGUACUGGCCCGGGUUACUUUUUCAACAUGAACUACAGCUCUACCUGAAGUGUGCAUGGUCCAUGUACCAUACAUGAGACUAGAUGGUGUGUAAUGGCUGCUUAGAGUUGUGAAAAUUGCCUUUUUUAAAUAAACUAAAAGACAAAAUUGUGAGAGAGAA